AGUACUAAGCUAACGUUGCCGGUGGUUAGACGUAUUUCAACACACUUUCUAGAUAUUCGAUAAAGUGUCAAUUUACUAUUAAAUUAUUGUUGAAAUUGUAUACCACAACAAAACAGACAGGAGCUCAGAAGUGAUGUGAAGCAAUAAAAGUGAAAUAGAAGAAAAUAAAUUUUCCGCAGGAAAAAUGUUUGCACAGCAUUGUCAUUGUACAAAAUGAAAUAAUUUCGAUGACUCUGCAGGAAGUUGUUCCCAACGAUUGCUCUUGAGUUUUCUUUUCGUAAUUUCGUUUUUCCCGUUUCGGACUCUCGAUCCCACAACGAACUGUUUUCAUUUCGAUAAUGUAUUGUUAAUGUAAAUGUGAACGAAGUGAUUUAAUACAUAUCGCAGAAAGGACGAACACACAAUGUUAAAUGUGGAACAAUUUAUUUGCACUAUAAAAAAUUAACUUCAAACACAACAAACAUGGAUUGGAUUGAAUAUUAAAUUGUGCGGAAUAUUUGAAAAUUUGUUUGAACCAUAAAACAUAGUGAUAAAAGGGAUUUUAAAUUAAAUGGAGCUUAAAUAAAUAUAAGUAUUUUACAUCAAGACUAAAAUGCCAACUUUACGGCAAGCUUAACAUGAUUAUGCUUGAAGGGGAUGUUCUUAUAUGAGUGUUGUGAAUUCGUUUUCGAAAUAUAUAUACACAUAAUGAGUCGAAUGGGUUAUGAGCGUUAAAGCUACGCGUUGUUGAAGUGAUUAAAAGUUUUUGUUGUUUUUUUAAUGAUUUAUGUUGUCUUCUGUUUUCGAUACGAUAUACGGAUUACAUGGAACGAACACUUUCACACAAAAAAUGUGUUUAACACGAUAAUGCUGUUUUGAGGCCACAUAAUUUCGUACCAUAAAAAACUAGAACACAUAAUACCAUCGAAAGCUUUCGGCAUAAGCAACCGCAAACUAAACUUUAAUAACAAUACAUAAAAUAACAUUUUCAUCAUAAAUUUAAAUUAAAGUGAGAAAAUAAUAUCCUUUUGUAUGUAAGCCUAUAUAACACAUACAUAUAUAUAUAUAUAUACAUAUGAACAAUAUCAUCAUCCCUGCAUAUUCGCUUGUAUGAAAAAAGGAUAUGCUAUGUAAGUAUGUUGUUAUUCCUAUAAAUACAAAAAAGAGUGCCCGUUGUCGUGUAUAACCAUCAGGUGUGUUGUUUGUAGAACGUCUACCGAGACUAUUUCAUAUAUAUACACACACUAUAUACGGUUGAUAUAUUUGUACUUACAAAAUAAUACAGAGGAAGCUCUUUCGACACUAUAAAUAUACCUUACAUCGGUAAGCUACAAUGUGAUAUGUGUUUUUCAUGAUAAAAAUACAGGAAGUAUAAGAAAUUUUUUCCUUUUCCACAGUUAUAAUGAAAAAUAUCUCUUUUGUGAGAAAUGUUGUGAGUGUUUGUAUUGUAAUCACUACAUAACACAACCGAAAAAGUGAAUCAAAAUUCAAUAUUAGAUAGAGCAAAGAAGAGGAAGAAAAAGAAGAAGGUGAAACAACAACGAAGUUAUAUUGGAUAUCGUAAAAACCAUAAAAUGAGCCUCAACGGAAUGUUGAAGGUCUUCAACAUUACCUGGAUUAUUUGGAUUUAUUUGUAUUCGGUUUAUUGUGUGCAGAAUGUGGACGCCAAAAUAGGGUAUUUUUGGCAUAUUACAGACCUACACUUGGAUCGGUCUUACUCAACUAGCGGAGAUGUGUCGAAGAGUUGCUGGCGUAUUGAAGGUCGUCAGACUAAUUCACCUACUCAUCCGCCAGGUCAUUUCGGGGAUUAUCUGUGUGACAGUCCAUGGAGUUUGCUUGAGUCAGCUACACAGGCGAUGAAGUCGAGACAAGGAGAUAAUGUGGAAUUCGUUUUGUGGACGGGUGAUGGCUUGGCGCACUCAACGAGGCGUCAUAGUGAACCACACCGACUCGAGUUGUUACGUAACAUAACCGAUUUGCUGGGGCGAACAUUUUCUUCACAAUUUGUCUUUCCGGUACUUGGCCACGAAGACGCACAGGGAAAUAGCUUUCGAAAGUUGGGCGAACUUUGGAGGCAUUGGUUGCCGUCGGAGGCAUUGCAAACGUUUGAGAAAGGUGGAUAUUACACAAUAGACCAAACGAAAAGCCGAUUACGGAUAAUUGUCCUAAAUACAAAUUUCAUGCGACAUGAUGGUAAAUAUUUGCAAACACAUUCUGCGGCAGUUAGACAAAGGCCAGGAGGUAUUGGCGACUCAUCGGAAUACAAUAAUUUCCAUUAUCAUCAUCAAAAUCAAAAUCACUAUCGUGGAAAUGGCAACAAUGGUUAUAGCGGUUCGUCGGCCGCUGCAACAGCGACACAUGCAUCGGGUGGUACUGUGAGCGCAUUGUCGGGUAGCGACAGCCAUGAAUCACAGAAACAAUGGGAUUGGUUGGAAGAGGUGCUGGCCAAGUCGAACCGCAAUAAAGAAACGGUUUACAUCGUCGGUCACAUGCCCCCCGGCUCCGAUGAACGACAAGUUGGUAGUCUACCAAAUGGCCAUUCAACCUUUUCAGAGAAAAACAAUUUACGUUACCUACGACUGGUUCGCAAGUAUUCAAACAUUAUACUGGGACAAUUUUUUGGACAUUUACAUUCCGAUUCUUUCCGGAUUAUAUAUAACGAAAUUGGUAAGUACGACAAAAUUGGUAAGUACGACAAUUUUAAUGAUAGUGGAAAAUGGAAUGUAAUUCCCUUGACUGAAAGUCAGGGUCUUAUGAAAGAAAAUACCCUUAAA